AUGGGACAGUGUUACAUAGAGGGCGCUGCGGGACACACGAGGAGCACGAGGCGCCACCUGGGCGCGCGGCGGCCGCUCGGCGGCGCGGCGCGAGAGGCCGCCACGGCGCGGGUGCGGCACGAGCGGCGGCGGUGGCGGCCGCGAGCGUCGGAGCGGCUCGAUUUACUCAUUCGCCGCGGCUCGCGCGGGCCGGAGGUCGCUCAGUGUGUGCGCGGCCGGCGUAGCCCACCGGUCGUCCGGUGCCGUUCUCGAACCCAGUCGGUGGAGCAAGUGACUAGUAUGAGCGACAGGGACAGGUCGUCGCCCUCCCUCACGGACACCCCGCUCAAGACGUACAUCGGCCGGCACGACGACGACUACCCUCUGAUAAACGGAAACGGUAUGUAUGAAGAUAAUAAUCAGUGCAUUAGUGUGAGUGAGUGAUUACCAAACUAGCAAUUCAGGACUUAAAA